AUGGGGCUACUUGAUCUACUUGGCUCGAGCGGCUCCGCUUGCACUACAAUUCCAACCUUCGACGAGUCCAAAGACUCCAUCGAUCUCCAGAUCAAGUCACUCCUAUAUAUAUUCAAACGGCUUUGCAUACACAAAGUAACGCCACUUACAAAAGAGGGCAAGUUGAGACACGUGGAUGCUUUUGAGAUGCAGCAUGAUCCCAUGUCUGAUAAACUCGAUCGGACGUAUAAUCUCGAUUUCUUCCUCACGCUGGUACUUUUGGACGAUGAGCAUCGGGUCCUCGUUGACUUUGUCAAGAACAAGUUUCGAUCGCUAUGCUUUGUGAGUGGGCUACCUUGCAUCUCGCGACCAAGUAGUCCCGUCAAGGGAGAGUCUGCAAACAGGGACGGGUCGUUAUCGUCAUUUCCGCAGUUCACUGAUUCGCACGGCAGGAAAGCCUCUUCGUUCCAUUUCGUGUUGUUCCCCAUGGAAAACGUCACCGUUGAGGAAUUGGUGCAUUUGCUUUCAACUUCGGAGCUCUACCUCGAGCACUCGGUGCCGUUCAUCAAGCGAUUCAAUAUCGCGAGCGAAACAGCGAAAAAAGUCUUUGGCGCUCAAUCAGCUGAUCCACAGGAGGUUUUGAACGUCACCCCGAGGCAGAAGCAGCGGCUCAUUUACGGAUAUUUGACGGCGUUGGCGAAGCAUGUGCAAGUGAUGCGGAUCUAUGAGGAGUAUACGAAAUUGCAUCCGUUAGUGUACUCGGAUUCACAAAAGCCAGCUUUGCAGCACUCGCCAUCGCAGCAUUCACUCAAGUCACUCAAACUGAACGAAGCCGGUACGAAACGACAUGGUAAUACCCCUCCCCUUUCGCCAACGAGACUACAUUCAUCACCAACAAAGUUGGCACACAAGAGAUCCUCGACGAACAUGCUCAAGCCCAAGCCCUCGAUUCCCAAAUUGCAGUUGGAAGAAUUGUAUAACCCCCUUACGUCUCCACCGCGGCCAGCGCUGCCGAUCAGAAAAGUCGCAUCAAAGAGCGAGUCCAGUGAUCUGGAAAAUAACAAGUCGGGCUCCUUGACUUUAUCGGAAGGAGGCAAGGAGAUUUUGAGAUUGGACGUUUAUGAAAAAUGCAAGAUUGCCGUGCAGGACAAGAUUGGCGCUGAAAGCAAGAAGAUACUUGCUGGGCGUGGCUCAUCGUGA